AUGUUUCGUACCCAAUCUCUCAAGCGCUCCCGCGAUGAUGACGGCGACCUGCACCCCCUUGGGCCCAAGAAAAUUCGCCCAUGGCAAGGCCCUGCCUCCAAUGCUUUCUCCCUCCCCGUCCCCGAAUCUGCCGACAUCGACCAAGCCCUACGAUUUCGCGCUCCAACCCUAACCCCCAUCGACUCAUCGGACGAGGAAGAUGUCCAGAAUAUCAACAGCCAUGCAUUGUACACUGGCACAGCAACAAAGGUCUUCCGCCCUAAACCUUCCAACCUCAACCUGGACCUGAACGCAAACCUAAACCAAGCCCCGGCAAAGAUCCUCCUGUCCGGCGACGACCUCUCCCCAUGGCAACAAGCCUACGCCCUGAACCACCACGAGAACCACAACCACAAACACCCAUCUCCAAUCCCCCACGCCCUCGUGAAUCACUCCCUCGACAUCAACGCCUCGGCCCUCACAGCCCCAGGCUUCGGCCACGAUGACUUCGAACCAACCCCAGCACUCACCCCGGCAGUCGACACCCCCAUGGAAAUGGAAGACAUAACCCCCUUCAACAAAGAGCCACCGAUAAUCCGACUUCCGAGCCCAGUCAGUGACACGGAUAUGGCAAUGGGCGAUACAAUGUCCGACACGGAACUAGUUUAUCCCGGUCCCUACCCAACCCGCGUGCCGACGCCAGGCCUCGACUACGGCAACGUCUCGCCGCACCCGGUAGCAGCACAUCCCAUGUCGCGGAGUACCUCCGAUCAAUCUACCACGCGCAUGCCCACCCCGUGUCCUAUUCCACAUCGUCGUUCCGCGCUGGUCAUGGGUUAUCGUGCUGAUUGCGAUAAAUGUCGGUGCAAAGUUCCUGGUCACUACAGCCAUAUCAUUCAGCGGGCUUGA